AAAAUAUCACUUGUGCCAUCUUCCUCGAUCACAACGCGUUAUCCUUUCAUCAAGUAAGCAAACUAAGAAUAUUUUCAAAAUGAAAUUCAUGGCUUUCUUCGUGGUGAUUCUGGCAGCAUUGGCGAUGUUCAUAGGAACGACUGAAGCCAACCCUAAAGUGAAAGCGGGGUCGGUUGUUAAGAACGGUCUUCGCGUCAUUAAUGCAGCUGGCACUGCGCACGAUGCUUAUGAAGCUAUAAAACAUAAGAAGCAAGGCUAGAGCAUCUCAUGCUUAGGUCUUAAUUUUUUUUUAU